AGCAAUCCACCCAACUUGGCCUCCCAAAGUGCCAGGAUUAUAGGCAUAAGCCACUGUGCCUGGCCUAUAUAAUUUCUCAAGCAGCAGAAACCACAGUAAACAGGAGAGGGAAAAGAAAUUUGUGGUAUUACCAUGAGAGGUACCACUUCUACCUCUAUGCCAUUUACAGGACCACUUUCUCUUUGGUUAUAAAUAACAGAAAUUGACUUUGGCUAAUGUAAGCAGGAAAUGAAUACUGGGUAAGCUUUCAGAAGUGAAGGAAGAAAGAAUAACAAACCUUGGGAAGGCCAGGGAAACAGAAGCUCCCAGGAUCACAUGGAUUCAUGGGGCUAGCUCACCCUCAGCCAGCCUUCCUCCUCAUGCAGGGAGUCUUAUUGGUCAACCCUUUGCCCACCCCAAAGGACAGCCCAUGUUUGAUGGGCCCAUCAGACCUCAGGAAUGGGGCAGAGAAACUCUCUUAUUGCCAAAAGGCCAAAACAACAGAUAUUUCCUAUAAAGCUCGUUGGAUUUAGCAGCAUAGAAGUCUUUUAGUGAGUUUGGCAUAAGCAAUUUUAGGAAUAAAAGUCAGAUAAUGGCUUGUUGAUGAGUGAAUGGGAAGUGAGGAAGAAGGGAUAGUACCUGUAAACUCCUUCUUCAAGAAGCCUUAUGCUUGUUCUAGAACAUCAGUUAAAGUGAAAAAAAAAGAGAAAAUUUUAAAAAAAGGAAAAAAAAAUAAGCCUUAUGGUUAGGAAGAAGAAAGGGUGGGAGCAUCUAGAGGAAGUUGCAAGGUCUAGGAAAAAAUCAUUUUAGCCUUUUAAAUGGAAAAAAAUUGAAUAAGCAUGUUUUUAAUGGACAAGCACUAAUGGGAAAGGAGAGAUGAAUAAUAAAUGAGAGAGAAAACAUAUUAUGUAACAAGUUUACUAAGCAGUGGGAGUAAUUGAGUCCAGGCUAUAGGUAGAGGGUUUAGUUUUAGCUAGAAAUAUAAGGGAAGGUUUUAUAGAGGAGGACAGACAUACACUGGACUUUAUUUAUUUAUUUAUUUAUUUAUUUAUUUAUUUAUUUUUAUGCCUAGUAAGAUUGGCAUACACUGGACUUUAAAGGGUUGGUAGGAUUUGGAGAAGCAAAGCGAAGCAGAAAGGUCAUUUCGGUAGGAAAAUAGUAUGGAUUUAGCCAACAGGGAACUAGCUGCUAAGGAGCACAGAGAAGAAGCUGUCUGAACCUGUCUGAACUGGAGAGGAGGGAAGAGUAGAUGACAUGAUUAGCUUCAUAAUGCUGCUCCUUUGUGUGUUGUACUAGGUGGAAGUGGGCAGCUGAGACUGGCCAGUGAGGAAGGUAGAGUCAUAAAGGCCAGGGCCCAGAGUUUGGAUGGGAAAUUGUACUGUGAUUCUGGAGCAGGAGAGAAACAUGAUGAAUAUGGUGAAUUGGAAAAAUUGAUGAGACAUUGGAGUAUAGAAUCAUUUGAGUAGGAGAAAGGCUGGAAGUUUAAAAACACACAAACAAAAAAAAACUAUUUAGAGACAGACGUGUAAAACAGGGCCUUAUCUAAGAUGGCAGUAAGAAACAGGAAGAGAUGAACAUGGUAAAAAGAACUGAUAGGAUUUGGUGAGAAGAGUUGAAGAUUAUUUUUGGGUUUAGAGCCAGGUUAAAAUUUUGGUGUCAUUGAUAAAAUAGAGAGCUUGGAAGUAGAUCUCUUAAGAGGCAGAGCAAUUUAACACCUUCCAAACAGACUUGUUAAUUUGCUUUGAAAUGGAAUGUUCUGAAGAGACCUUUGCCCAACCAAAGAUUUGGAGUGAGAUCAGAGUUGAAAACUAGGUUUAUUAUAAAAACAUAAUGGGUUUUACACAGAAACAAUUUGAAACUUUGUAGGAAAGAAGCAAACAGAAAAAAGAGAAGAGAGCGGGGAGCCUUGGAAGUCAAAUGAGAAAGAUAAGGAUUCAGUUAGAGAAAGAGGAUGUAUAAUUGGAGAAGAGGAAGACAACCUAGGAGAAUUUCAAGAAAAGAAGAAAUAAGCAGCCUCAAAUCCUGCCAAGGGGAGAAUGAUGACAGAGAAAAGACUGUUGAUUUGGUGAAAAAGAGUCCCUGACCUCCAAGGAAGCAGAUUUGAUUGGAGCAAUCAGAAGGUAUACUGCUGUGGUAUAGGAUGGAUUGGCCAAUGAAGGAGAAGUUUCAUAGGAACAGGAGGAGAGAAAUGGAAUGAGAAGCAGAAAAGGCAGUAAAUUCUUACUUAAUAUGACAAAAACCCUUGUGUUUUGGAAGGAGCGAUGUUUAAGAGAGGAAAUAAAGUGUUAAAGAGGAAAGAAUCAAGUAUAGAGUCUCUCUCUUCACAGAGCAAAGAGUUAGCUUUAGGAAAUCCUGGAGGGCUGAAAGGAUACCAUAACAAAGAUACCAUAACAGACUGCGGUCUGUUAUGGUAAACUUAGGAUCCAGGUCAGGAACUUGUACCAGAUGACUUCCAUUUUCUCAGUCAAUUAGGGGGAAAUGGAAGAAAGGCAACUUACAUGCAUUGAACUCCUGCCGUGUACCAGGCAUUUUGCUAGUUCUAUGAAAUAUAUUAUCGUGUAAACUCUUAGCAGUCCUCCAAGGGGUUGGUAAUACUUUCGUGAUUAUAAAUGUGAGGAUGCUGAGACUCUGAAGAGAACUUAUUUCAAAACCAAAUAGCUAAUACAUGUCAGCUUUGAAAUAUGAUCUUAAGUGUGAUGUCAAAUGCUACUUCCAUCCACUGUACCAUUCAUUGUUAUGAGGUGAAAGAUACAUGAGGGCUUGAUAGCAUCUAUAUUAAUGACAAUAGUGGCUGUGCCUCAGAGUCAUUUUAGGAGCUUUAAAAAAUUUCUGUGCCCCACCUCAGUCAUUCAUUUUUUUCAUUGAACACAUACUUACUGAUUACCCUUUAUGUGCCUACCAUGGUUCUAGACACUUGGAAUACAUCAGUGACUGAAACACACUCAAAUGCCUGCCCUCAAGGCUCCUGCAUCCAAAUCUACUGAACCAAUCUCUAGAAGCACAUCCUGGUGAUUGUGAUGAUUAUUCAGAUUUCAGAACCAUUGCUCUAGGAGUUACCAAUGAGAAACAGACUAGAAUUGCUGAGUGUGAAUUCAUAAUGGGCCAACUCAGCACAGAUGGCCCUCAGGGGCACUCAGCAGAGGGGAAAACAUUACUGGAAGGUGAUCUUGCAUCAAGGGACUAUUUAAGAAGAAAACAUAACCUAUAGACCAUCUUCUGGCAGAAGAUGAUAGAUUUGGAUCAGAAACGGGAGGCGUUGGAAGCCAGGAAUCAAAAGUGAAGAAACUCUGUUCCUAUCACUGUAACCAUGCCAGAAAUGACAGAGAAUGAGACUCCUACAAAAAAGCAGCACAGAAAGAAAAACCGGGAGACACACAAUGCAGUGGAGAGGCAUAGAAAGAAGAAAAUCAAUGCUGGGAUAAACAGAAUAGGAGAGCUGAUCCCGUGUUCUCCUGCCCUAAAGCAGAGCAAGAAUAUGAUCCUGGACCAAGCCUUUAAAUAUAUAACAGAAUUGAAAAGGCAAAAUGAUGAACUCCUGCUUAAUGGAGGCAAUAAUGAACAAGCUGAAGAAAUUAAAAAGCUACGGAAACAACUGGAAGAAAUCCAAAAAGAAAAUGGCCGAUAUAUUGAAUUACUGAAAGCAAAUGACAUAUGCUUAUAUGAUGACCCUACAAUCCAUUGGAAAGGAAAUCUUAAAAACUCAAAGGUCUCUGUUGUUAUUCCUAGUGACCAGGUUCAGAAAAAUAUCAUUGUUUAUUCCAAUGGGAGUCAGCCUGGUGGAAACAGCCAGGGAACAGCUGUUCAAGGGAUAACCUUUAAUGUUGGUCAUAAUUUACAAAAGCAAACUGCCAACGUGGUGCCAGUACAGAGGACUUGCAAUCUUGUGACUCCUGUGUCUAUUUCUGGAGUUUACCCUCCUGAAAACAAGCCAUGGCAUCAGACCACGGUUUCUGCAUUAGCUACCAACCAGCCUGUUCCUCUUUGUCUUCCUGCUACCAUUUCUGCUCAAAAUAUUCUUGAGCUUUCCACCUCUGAAAGCGAAUCGAGUGUGCUUGGUGCCACUGGUAGCUCACUGAUUGCUGUUCCAGUUGGGCCUGAACCUCAUCAACAUCGUUCCUUGAACACAUGUUUAAAUGAUCAAAAUUCUUCUGAAAAUAAGAAUGGACAAGAGAGCCCCAAAUUAUUGAAGAAAACAGCCCCUUGUGCUACAAGCAUUCUCCCCAGUUCCUCAGCAGCUGCUACUAAAGUGCACCAUGGAAACACGUCCUGCCUGAACAUACAGGACUUCAGAGGUGAUUUGCAAAACACCUUUGUUGUUUCAGUCACCACCACAGUCUGCUCCCAGCCUCCUAGAUCUGCAGGUGAUUCCUCUCCAGUGAGCACUAGCAAGAGUGCAGGCUCAACAAGUACAACCACAGCAGUGGCACCAUCUGCCCCUGGAGUAGGGAAGACCACCACUCUUGUAAGCACACUUUCUGCACACCCUUUGGACAAUGGUUGGACUCCUUCUUGUUCUUUGCCUUCUUCAAGUGUUAGUGCUUCAGAUUUGAAAAACAUUAAUAGCCUUACCCGAAUUUCUUCAGCUGGAAACACACAGACAACAUGGACUACUUUGCAACUGGCAGGAAACACUAUUCAGCCCUUAAGCCAGACACCAUCUUCCACUGUGACUCCAGUAUUAAAUGAGUCUGGGACUAGCCCCACCACGAGCAACCACAAUAGACAUGUGGCUGCAGGCAUUAACUUGAGUAAUUCCUUUCCAGCAGAUGGGCAGCCAGUUGAGCAAGUAGUUGUAACCUUGCCUUCGUGUCCAUCUCUACCUAUGCAGCCACUAAUUGCCCAGCCACAAGUUAAAUCUCAGCCUCCAAAAAAUAUCCUUCCACUGAAUUCAACAAUGCAAGUGAUUCAUAUGGCUCAGCCAGUUGGCCCAGCUGUGAAUACAGCUCCAGCUAAUCAAAACGUUAUCAUUCUCCAGCCACCCAGCACCACCCCGUGCCCAACAGUGGUGAGGGCAGAGGUUCCCAACCAAACAGUAGGUCAACAGAUAGUAAUCAUACAGGCAGCUAAUCAGACUCCUUUGCCACUUCUCUCUGCUCCACCUGCUGGUUCUGUUCGACUGCCUGUCAAUGGAGCCAAUGCUAUAAUAGGGUCUAAUAAUUCAGUGCAAAAUGUUUCAACCCCACAGACUUUUGGAGGAAAGCAUCUUGUCCACAUAUUACCAAGACCUUCAUCUUUAUCACCAUCCAAUUCAACCCAAACUUUUUCUGUUACUAUGUCAAACCAACAACAGCCUCAAACCAUUUCUUUAAAUGGGCAGCUCUUUGCUUUGCAGCCUGUGAUGUCUUCAUCAGGAACUACAAAUCAAACCCCUAUGCAAAUUAUUCAACCCACCACCAGCGAAGAUCCAAAUACCAAUGUUGCCCUGAAUACAUUUGGUGCUUUGGCCAGCCUCAAUCAAAGCAUAUCACAGAUGGCUGGGCAAAGCUGUGUACAAUUGUCGAUUAGCCAGCCUGCCAAUCCUCCAACUACUGCAAAUAGUCAAACCUCCCCAGCUAACUGUGUUUCUUUAACAACAACUGUAGCACCUCCCAUGACAACAGAGAAUUCAGCCACACUACCCAGUACUUAUAAUCUAGCGACUACUCCCUCAGUGAACACUGUUGCUUGUUUGCCACCUAAUGUGAAGUCAAAAAGGUUGAAUAAGAAACCGGGUGCCAAGAAACACUUGGCAGCAAACAAGUCAGCAUGUCCCCUGAAUCCAGUCAAAGAUGUGAGCAAGUUGGACUGCCCCAGCACUGAAGGCUCAGCAGAGCCACCCUGUAAUGAGGGACUGCUGGAAAGCCUCCCUGUUGUGUUACCAUCUGUCCCUGUGUCACAGGCAAAUAGUGUAAGUGUUUCUGCUUCACAUUCUUUGGAUGUUCUUAAUUCAGAAUCAGUAAUACCUGAGUCUGUAUCCAAAGCUAAGUCAUCAGAAGAGUCUAGCUCGCCCUCCCAAGAAUCUGUAACAAGUGAACAUUUUCCAGUAGCCCCAGAAAAAUCCAAAGAUUCUACCCCCAGUUUGCAACGAGAGGCAUCUCAGGAUAAACCACCAACUAGUUUAGCAUUGUCAGAUGCUGCCAAAUCCUGCACUUCAGCCACUGCAUUGAUUCCAUCUCCAAACGAUCCUCACAUUUUGGUUUCUCAGGUUUCUGGUUUGUCAUCUACCACAAACACUACAAGUGCUGACUGUGUUUCUGAGGUAGAAAUCAUUGCUGAACCUUGCAGGGUGGAGCAAGAGUCAUCAGAUACAAUGCAAACCACAGGUCUUUUAAAGGGGCAAGGUUUAAGUACAUUGCUAUCUGAUCUUGCUAAAGAAAAAGACCCUCAGAAAUCAUCUCUUUCAGAUCAGAUGGAUCAUCCUGAAUUUUCUUCAGAAAAUUCUAAAAUAGUUGACUCGAGUGUUAAUUUACAUCCCAAACAGGAACUGUUACUGAUGAACAGUGAUGACAGAGACCCGCCACAGCAUCAUUCCUGCCUCCCUGAUCAGGAGGCUAUUAAUGGUUCUUUGCUCACCAGUAGGCAGGCCGACUCUCCCAUGUCGACCAGCUCUGGCAGCAGUCGUAGUUUCUCAGUUGCAUCCAUGCUUCCUGAAACAACCAGAGAGGAUGUGACCAGCAGUGCAACAACUAAUACGUGUGACAGCUGUACCUUUGCAGAGCAAACUGAUAUAGUAGCUCUAGCAGCAAGAGCUAUUUUUGACCAGGAGAACCUUGAGAAGGGAAGAGUUGGCCUCCAGGCUGAUGUAAGAGAAGUUACUUCAAAGCCUUCUGAAGCAUCAUCUUUAGAGGGAAACCCAGCUUUCAAAUCACAGGCACCUAAAGAGAAUGGCACAGGACAGGCAGAAGCAACAGCAAAUGAAUUCAAUUCUCAGGAUUCGAUUGAAGCAACCGUGGAUAGGCCCCUGGAGAAACCAAGUUGUUCUCUAGGAAUUAAAACAUCAAAUGCCUCUUUACAGGCUUCGCCGUCUCAGCCACCAAGCAUCACCAGUUUAAGUGUGAAUAACCUUAUACAUCAGAGCAGCAUCAGCCAUCCUUUGGUCAGCUGUGCGGGUUUAGCCCAAACUUCAGAUCAAACAACUGUUCCUGCAACGGUCAAUCUGACUGUUUCAUCUAGUUCUUAUGGCAGUCAGCCCCCUGGACCAUCUCUGAUGCCCGAAUAUUCCCAAGAACAGCUAAACACUUUGACUAGUACCAUACCAAAUUCACAGAUUCAAGAGCCACUCUUAAAGCCAAGUCAUGAAAGCCGUAAGGAUUCUGCCAAGCGUGCCGUCCAAGAUGACCUUUUACUGUCCUCAGCGAAACGUCAGAAGCAUUGUCAGCCAGCCCCCCUCAGGCUUGAAAGUAUGUCCCUGAUGAGCAGAACUCCAGACAGCAUUUCUGAUCAGACUCAAAUGAUGGUUAGUCAGAUUCCCCCCAACUCUUCAAACUCAGCUGUGCCUGUUAGCAACCCAGCACAUGGAGAUGGCCUUGCACGAUUGUUUCCCCCUGGUAACAACUUUGUGGCCCCUGCAUUGAGGCAAACUGAAGUUCAGUGUAGUUCUCAGCCUUCAGUUGCUGAGCAGCAGCAAACCCAGGCAAGUCAACAUCUACAGGCUCUGCAACAGCAUGUUCCAGCUCAAGGGGUAUCUCACCUUCAUAGUAACCAUCUCUACCUAAAGCAGCAGCAGCAGCAGCAACAGCAAGCAGGACAGUUAAGAGAGAGGCAUCACUUGUAUCAACUGCAGCAUCAUGUACCUCAUGCAGAUAGCUCUGUCCACUCUCAGCCCCAUAAUGUCCACCAACAGAGGACUCUACAACAGGAAGUUCAGAUGCAGAAAAAGAGGAAUCUCGUUCAGGGCAGUCAGGCCUCUCAGCUUUCCUUACAACCGAAGCACCACGGAACUGACCAGUCCCGACCCAAGAGUGGUCAGCCACAUCCCCACCACCAACAGAUGCAGCAACAAAUGCAGCAGCACUUUGGAAGUUCCCAGCCAGAGAAGAGCUGUGAAAACCCUUCAACUAGCCGGAACCACCAUAACCAUCCCCAGAACCAUCUCAAUCAAGAUAUUAUGCACCAACAGCAGGAUGUUGGAAGCAGACAGCAAGGCUCAGGGGUUUCUUCUGAACAUGUAUCUGGGCAUAAUCCAAUGCAGAGGCUUUUGACAUCAAGAGGCUUAGAGCAGCAAAUGGUGUCCCAACCAAGUAUUGUGACUAGACCUUCAGACAUGACCUGUACUCCACAUAGGCCAGAGAGAAAUAGAGUUUCAAGUUAUUCUGCUGAGGCACUCAUUGGAAAGACAUCUUCGAAUUCGGAGCAGAGAAUGGGUAUAUCAAUUCAGGGGUCCAGGGUUUCAGAUCAGCUUGAAAUGAGAAGCUAUCUUGAUGUUCCUAGGAAUAAGAGUUUGGCUAUUCAUAAUAUGCAGGGCCGUGUGGACCAUACCGUAGCAUCAGAUAUCCGCCUUUCUGAUUGUCAGACAUUUAAACCAAGUGGAACCAGUCAGCAGCCCCAGAGUAAUUUUGAUGUACAAUCUUCAAGAAAUAAUGAAAUAGGUAACCCUGUAUCCUCACUGAGGAGUAUGCAGCCCCAGGCUUUUCGAAUCAGUCAAAACACUGGCCCACCACCAAUCGACCGUCAAAAGAGAUUACCUUACCCACCAGUUCAGAGCAUCCCAACAGGAAAUGCUCUCCCGUCAAGGGAUGGUGAAAAUACAUGUCACCAAAGUUUCAUGCAGAGUUUACUUGCCCCUCAUCUUGGUGAUCAGGUCAUUGGGAGCCAGAGACCACUCUCAGAACAUCAGAGGAAUACACAGUGUGGUCCAUCCUCUGCAAUUGAGUACAAUUGUCCUCCAACUCAUGAAAGCGUCCACAUUAGGAGAGAGAGUGAGAGUCAGAACAGGGAAAGUUGUGACAUGUCUUUAGGUGCAAUUAACACCAGGAACAGCACCUUGAAUAUUCCCUUUUCAAGUUCUUCUUCCUCAGGAGAUAUUCAAGGUCGAAACACAAGUCCCAAUGUUUCUGUACAGAAAUCCAAUCCCAUAAGGAUUACUGACAGUCAUGGGACCAAGGGCCACAUGAACCCUCCAGUCACAACCAACAUGCAUGGGGUUGCAAGGCCAGCUUUGCCACAUCCGUCUGUGUCUCAUGGAAAUGCUGAUCAAGGGCCUCCUGUACGCCAAGCUAAUUCUUCAGUUCCCCAGAGAUCGAGGCAUCCCUUGCAAGACAGCAGUGGUUCCAAAAUCCGUCAGCCUGAAAGGAACCGGUCUGGAAACCAAAGACAUAGUAAUGUCUUUGAUCCAAGUCUUCCCCAUCUUCCUCUCUCUGCCGGUGGCAGUAUGAUUCUUGGACGUCAACAACCUGCUGCAGAGAAGAGAGGAAGUAUUGUUCGUUUCAUGCCUGAUAGCCCACAAGUACCUAAUGAUAAUUCAGGUCCUGACCAGCAUACGCUAUCACAGAAUUUUGGUUUUCCCUUUAUUCCUGAGGGUGGCAUGAAUCCACCAAUAAAUGCUAAUACUUCUUUCAUUCCACAGGUUACUCAGCCUAGUGCCACUCGAGCACCAGCCCUCAUCCCAGUAGAUCCCCAAAAUACCCUGCCCUCCUUCUACCCCCCAUAUUCUCCUGCCCAUCCUACACUGUCCAAUGAUAUCUCGAUCCCCUAUUUUUCUAAUCAAAUGUUCUCAAAUCCUAGCACAGAGAAGGUAAACAGUGGAAGUUUAAAUAACCGAUUUGGAUCAAUUUUAUCUCCUCCCAGACCUGUUGGCUUUGCCCAACCAAGUUUUCCUCUUCUUCCUGAUAUGCCACCAAUGCACAUGACCAACUCUCACUUAUCCAAUUUUAAUAUGACAUCUUUGUUUCCAGAAAUAGCUACAGCUCUUCCUGAUGGUUCAGCAAUGUCACCUUUGCUUACAAUAGCAAACUCCUCUGCCUCUGACUCUUCUAAGCAGUCCUCAAACAGACCUGCCCACAACAUAAGCCAUAUUUUGGGUCAUGAUUGUAGUUCAGCUGUUUAAAUACCAAUAAACUAAAGGUAAAGGUAACGGGUAAGAUUACAAAUGUAUUUGUGUGUGCGUGCACACAUACAUGUACAUGAGGAGAGGGGUUGUGUGUGUGUGUCUUCAUGUUUGUAUAAUCAAUUUUACUUGUUACCCUCUGAAUGUAGGGAAGCUGUGUCAAAGAUGAAGCAAACAUGGGAUUGUCAGAAAUAAGUUAUCUUUCAUUUUCAACUACAUGGCAUGCUUUUUUAUUUUUCAAGCACAUUUGCAUUUCCAAGUUUGAUUUGUAAUCUUAUGUUCCCUAAAUACUAAUCACCUGGAAGUUGGGGAAGAUCAUCUGGGCAUGUGCUGGGUAAUAGGAAGGAGUCUAGAUUUUAAACUUAAUUGUUGAUAAUUUAUAGAACAGAUAUUUGAGAUAGUUGAGUGGCUAUCUAAAAAUACAGGCAACAUGAUAAAACACAGUGGCUCAUAACCAAAUGCUGGCUAAUGUCAACAUCUUACCCAUGGCAGGUAUUGAAUUGAUGUUGAAUUGAAAGUCUGUAGUUAAAAUCAAGCAGUUAACAGAUAAAUGAAAUGUUUAAUCAGCCUUUAUUCCCAAGGUUUGGUUCAGGUAGAAGCUUCUUUCCUAAUUAUAACAAUCCAUAAAUUAUCUGAAUUCCAUGUCUUAUUCAUUAAAUUCUUUAAUGUGCCAAGAUCCUUUAAAGCAAAGGUCUUCCUUAGACAAUUAGCCUUAAAAAGAGAAAGCUAAAAAGUACAUAGAUGUUCUCCAUUUUGUACUUGCAUUUGCAUCAGGGCCAUAAGGAUGAAAGCAGUUAGAUUGUGGAGUUUUGCAUGAGUUCAGUUAGCGAUUGGUGUUUCAUCAAUUGAAUUUUGAUUUAAUAUUCUCUCUUCAUUCUGUUUAUUUGAUCUUCAAAUGAAUUCUUCUGCAUUCAUUUAAAUAUUAGGAUCGAUCAGAUGUGUGUUUGGAAUCUACAUAUUUGAGCCUUACUUUUAAAAUAUUUCUGAACAGAGUUUUAAGCUCUGUCACUAUUUUAAUUUACUGAUGGUAUUUAUAUUUUUAAAUACAGCAUUGUAUAUUGCAUUGUUAUUCUUCGUUACACAAUUAUAAUGAGAAGAUGAAUUUGUUCGUUAUUUUUCUUGUUGGUAGAUGUGAAAUGGUGCUUCAGAAAAAUAGUCUUUAUAUAUGUCCAUGUGUGUGUGUGUGUGUGUUUGUGUGUACACAGACAGAUUUUUAGAGUAUAAACUUGCCCUUUAAAGAUAGGCCUGUCAUCUGACAAUGGAAAAUUGACACCUGAGACCUGAUAAAGUAUAGAGAAACUUCAUGUAGGGGGGAGUUUUUAAAAGUCCCACUGAUGUUAAUAAUAAAUUUAAAAAUGCAUAUAUUCAAUUUUGAAUACUUUAAAAACCUAAGUAUACACUCAUUUUCUUAAAUCCAUUAAGUCCAUUACUUUUAUUGUUAUAUUCUGCCAAAAAACCCAGGAUGGGUGGGAGAGAUACAUAUAAAUUGUUCUGUCUGCUCUAUUAACAAAGUGAGCACAAGGACCAGCAUUUUUUUUUUUUCUUAUCCUAAAAAAGCCUCCUAAGGCCUGGUCAGAGCAGUUAACUCCAGUGAAUACCUCUUCUAAAGACUCAGCAAAAGGGUCAGUUGUGCCUCUUUAACUGUUCUUACCAAACUUUCCUAUCUUUUUCUGCUGCUAACUAAAGCAGCUUCUUGGAGGCAAAAAAAAAAAAAAAAAAUUGAUAA